AUGGGGAAACGGUUCAGUGAGUCUGCAGAGAAGAAGGCGGCCGGACAGGCGAGGAAGCGCGAACAGGCGCGGCAGAAGGAGUUGAAUGAGCGGCGGGCCGAGGAGGCUGCCGAGGCUGAGAAGUGGACCGAGGGUGCUCGCACGGAGAACUCGCGGAAGGUAGAGGAGGAGGCGCGGAGGGCCGCGAAGCUGCAGGCGAAGAAGGACCGCGAGGCAUUGCUCGCUGCCGAGGAGGCUGACAUGGCCGGUGCGAAGAAGGCAGGGAAGGUCAAGAACCGCAGGAAGAAGUAA